AUGUCCUCGGCUGUGAUCGACAAGGAUAUCGACGAUACUUUUAAAUUGCCCGACUACUUCCAAAAUACCGACAUCCCACAAUGGUCGCUUAUCGAUUUCCUGCAGUGGAGAUCCAAAAGCGCUGAAUUUUUGGACCAUGACUCCGAACAUAGUGCGUUCAAAAAUUUCCUUAUCACCAUUUGCAAAAAAGACAAAGACAACACUCGUGGACAAAGGGCGCAGGUGCUACUCAAUGACUGGCAGGUCGCUGAGCUAUUGCUGCAACACACUGGUGUGAUCGCUGAGUUGCCCCAGUGUUGGGUCGCUGAGCUCGUUGCAGCCAGCAAAUGUUCUGCAGAAGUCAGGACCUUCUGGAGUAAUCGCAAGAGUUUGAACUUACAACGUGACCUCCAGCAUGUCGAAUUCCAGAAGCAACUGAUGUUGUCGCAUAUUGAGGCUGAAGAUUUGAACUAUGUCCUCGACCGCAGCCGGGAACUGAACGUGCAUUCUACUGCAAUUGGAAACAGAAGACAUGAACUCAUUACGGCGGGCGAUCUCAAUAGAAAUAAGCAACAGGCUAUCGACUUCUCCAUCGAGGCCGGUGACAAUCCUUUUUUAAUUGGUAGGAAUGGCGAAGGUCACCAGCAGUUACCGGCGCAGAAUAUAACGCCUUUAAUGAAUAAAUCUGUGCAUAGCAGCAAAAAGAGAAAAGAACAGGAGCCAGAAGAUGAUGCGAACGAUGAAGAAGAAUCGCCCACCCGUCAACAAGAGGUUGUAACUUCAAAGGAAUACUUUGACGAGCUGACGGAUAAAGUGGAACUGGAGUAUUUCUUUGAAGAGGAGGAAACUGUGCAACAAAGAUCAAGAUCUGAGACACUAGUGGCUGUCGUUUGGGGCUCUUACAGUAUCGGUAAUGUAGAUAUCAUCAAACAAUUUCAUUCCGUGCGUGAAAAGUUGCCGAAAAAGACACCCGAACUUCAUCCCCCCUACUGGGGCAUUCUCGACUUGACUGGUCAACACAAAGCGACAAAAGACAAGUUUGUGACGAUAUGGAAAAACAUCGUAGAUGAUUUUCAGAGGGAUGUGGAUUGGACGAUGGCGGAACCCAAUCAAGCUGAUCUGAACCUUUUUGACAAUGGGAAGGAUAUUAAUAACCAACAGGCUGCUCCUUUGCUGAAUGCUCAACUGACAAUAAUGAGGUCGCAUCUUGAACACCUCAACCUGCCGAUCUCGGAAGGUGAGCAUACGGUUCUUUUCGUGGCACCCGUAUUUAACAUCAGCUUGGACCCACUUCGAGAAAAAUUCCGCAAGCGCUGGCUGGAACAACAGUUAUUCGCUAGUCAAGAAAGACGCAUCGAUGGCCAAGAUCCCGAUGAGCGUGCUCGCAUUGGUCAAAAGACAGAUCUUAUUAUCGACUUUCCUGUGGGACCAGCUCUGGAAGGUUUUAUUUGCGAAGUCUCGGGGGGCCUGCCGGCAGGUUGCCCCAAAAAGAUUUGGACCGAUAAACUCAAGAUCAUGGUUGGCAUGAGGGACAUGAUUAAUCGAAUUAUGAAAACUUAUCCCGGCCUUCCUACAGAAUAUUACAUGAAGAUUGUAGUAUUUGGCUGCCAGGUCGUCGGCUGGCAACUACGACUCUACGCAAUGGACCUCAGAGCGCCAGGUAUUUAUCGAUUUGGAUUAAUUGACAAGGCCGAGCUACCCGCGACGGCACAAGAGCUACCUGCCUACGAGGAUGUGCAUAUUAUGUUACGCUCCCUGGAGGUGCGAUUAAGCAGGCUGAUGGACCUUUGCAUCACGCUCAAGAUCGAACACGCAAGACUCAGACGAAGACGCAAUUAUGCGCUCCAGGAAGAUACCUUGACUUUUUCAAACUCUACUCCCAAGAUAAAGAAAACCAAAACCUGA